CUUUGGACCUCGUCGCGGAGCAACACCUUUCGCGGUUGAUUUUUCUCCACAGGGCAUCAAAUCAUCAAUCAACCCAAACCAGACCCCUCUCCCCUCCCCUUCCUCUUCCUUCCUCUUCCAUUCUCAUCCUCCAACAUGUCUGCUCCCUACGACGGAUAUGGUCAACAGUCCCCGGCCGAUGUAGCGUACGCCGGCCAGCCGCAAGAGGGCUUUGAGCAGGCCCCGGCGCCAACCGCGCCCGCUUCUGCCGCCGACCACGGCAAGAAGAAGAAGAGAGGCUAUGCGGCGCAGGCCUACGAUUUCGGUGCUGGCGCCAACUCCGCUGCCAACCCCCAGCCCGCCGCUGGCGCUCAACCGUAUGGCGCCUAUCCUCAACCUCAGACCCCUACCUACCCAGCCGGCUAUCCGGGGCAAGAGCCUCAGCCUGUAGCCCCGACGUACGGUGCCGCUCCCGCUGAUGUUGCCCCCCAGUACGGCGCACCCCAACCUCAGGGCCAGGGGUAUGGUGGCUACCCAGCGCCAGAUGCUGCCUAUCCCGCUCCCGUCGCCGGCGGCGUUUCUGGCCCGGGAGUUCCUGGUGCUGCGGGCCUUAGCCAGCAGAUGGCCGGCAUGAACUUGGGUCCCGGCAGCCAGCCUCAAGCUCAACCGGGCCAGGCAGCCAGGCCCGUGGCUUUAAACCAGCUCUACCCCACCGACCUUCUAAACCAGCCUUUCAACGUCUCCGAGUUGGAUCUGCCUCCUCCGCCCAUUGUUUUGCCUCCCAACUCGAGCGUUACCCCCUCUCCAGAUGCAAAUUGCUCACACAGAUACGUCCGAUCCACGCUCAAUGCCGUCCCGACUACGCAUUCUCUCCUGAAGAAGUCUCGCCUGCCCUUCUCGCUCGUUAUCCAGCCAUACGGUGCAUUGCACGACAAUGAUGACCCUGUGCCGAUCAUCCAGGAUCAGAUCAUCGCUCGCUGCCGACGAUGCAGGACAUACAUCAAUCCCUUCGUUACGUUCCUUGACCACGGUCACCGCUGGAGGUGCAAUAUGUGCCAGCUGACGAACGACGUCCCUCAAGCAUUUGACUGGGAUGCGGCCAUGCAAAAGGCCACCGAUCGAUGGGCCCGCCACGAGCUCAAUCACGCCGUUGUUGAGUUUGUAGCCCCCCAGGAGUAUAUGGUUCGGCCUCCGCAGCCAUUGGUAUAUUUGUUCCUCUUCGACGUCAGCUACGCAGCUGUAUCGUCCGGCCUCCUCGCCACCAGCGCGCGGACCAUACUUGAUAGCCUGAACAGGAUACCCAAUGCGGAUCGGCGCACCCGCCUCGGCUUCAUCGCCGUCGACAGCAGCCUACAUUACUUCUCUAUCCCCAAGGAUGACGACGAGAAUGGCGACACCAACAUGCUGGUUGUGAGCGACCUAGACGAGCCUUUCCUACCAGUGCCUCAAGACUUGCUCGUGUCGCUCAGCGAGAGCCGCCAAAGCAUCGAGAACUUCUUGACCAAGCUGCCCGCGAUGUUCCAGAACAACCAGAGCAACGGCUUCGCACUCGGGCCUGCUCUGCGGGCCGGUCAUAAGCUCAUCUCUUCCCUCGGCGGCAAGAUGGUCGUUCUCGGUGCGUCUCUACCCAAUCUAGGAAUCGGCAAGCUCGACAUGCGUGAAGACAAGAAGCUGCUUGGCACGAGCAAGGAAAGCAGUCUCUUGCAGACUUCCAACAGCUUUUACAAGAGUUUCGCGGUGGAGUGCUCUAAGAACCAGGUCUCCAUCGACAUGUUCCUGUUUUCUUCUCAAUACCAGGACGUCGCCUCACUUAGCAAUCUGCCGAGAUAUACGGGAGGUCAGACGUGGUUCUACCCCGGCUGGAACGCUGGCCGCCCUGAGGACGCCAUCAAAUUCGCGUCGGAGCUCAGCGACCAUCUUUCGUCUGAGAUCGGUCUGGAGGCGGUGCUCCGGGUGCGGGCGACGACGGGCCUGCGGAUGAACGCGUUCUACGGCAACUUCUUCAACCGUAGCUCGGAUUUAUGCGCGUUUCCGGCGUUCCCCCGCGACCAGUGCUAUGUGGUCGAGGUCGCUAUCGACGAGAGUCUGACGAAGACCGUCGUCUGUCUGCAGACGGCCGUGCUCCACACCACCUGCAACGGUGAGCGGCGUAUCCGGGUAAUGACUCUCGCUCUGCCCACUACGACAAACCUCGCGGACGUCUACGCGUCUGCCGACCAGCAGGCCAUCGCGACUUACUUCAGCCAUAAGGCGGUGGAGCGUGCUCUGAGCGGCGGCUUGGAUGCGGCGCGUGAUUCGCUGCAGAACAAGCUCAUCGAGCUUCUCCAGACGUUUAGGAAGGAACUGGCAGGCGGUAGCAUGGGCGGCGGCCUGCAAUUCCCCUCGAACCUCCGCGGCUUGCCGAUGCUAUUCCUCGGUCUGAUGAAGAAUGUUGGGCUGCGGAAAUCGGCUCAGAUUCCGUCCGACCUACGGUCGGCGGCUCUCUGCCUGCUUUCGACGCUUCCGGUGCCGCUGCUGAUGCAGUACAUCUACCCCAGGCUGUAUUCUCUUCACGACAUGCCGGACAAUGCCGGAACGCCGGACCCGGAGACGAGUCAGAUUGUGCUCCCACCGCCGGUCAACCUCUCGUCCGAGCGACUGGUCUCGUACGGUCUGUAUCUCAUCGAUGAUGGGCAGACACAAUUCCUGUGGGUGGGCCGGGACGCCGUGCCGCAGCUUCUGAUGGAUGUCUUCGGCGUGGAGGACCGGACGCAGAUUCGCGUCGGCAAAGGCUCCCUGCCCGAGUUGGAUAACGACUUCAACGAACGGCUGCGAGCAGUGAUUUACAAGAGCAGGGAUCACAUGUCCAAGGGCGUCGGCAGCAUUACCCUGCCGCACCUGUAUGUGGUGAGGGAGGACGGCGAGCCCAGUCUGAAGUUGUGGGCACAAACGCUGCUGGUGGAGGACCGGGCAGACCAGGGCAUGAGCGCGGCGCAAUGGCUGGGAAUUCUGAGAGAAAAGGUAAGCCAGAGAUAGAGUGUCAUGACGUAGGACGUUCAAGGAGGUAGGUACGCUUUGAAUGGUUGGAAAUUGCAAUCGGAGGAAGAGCUUUGACCGGUGCUCAGUGUUUAUGAAGUAUACAUAGAUGAUGGGCCUGAUUUUCUUUUCCCUCUUUAAUCCUUCAUGAGCCAAACGGAUGAAACCAGCAACUACUUCACAUGUCUCGAGAUGAGAGCUUCGAAACGGAAACCCGCCGCGCAUUCGGAGUCAUACCGAGACCCGAACCCACGUAUCGCCGGAUUUAAAGAAAAUUCCUCCUUGCCGGAC